AAGUGACCCUCUGUGGAACGGUUGCCAUGGCAGCGGCUGGGCGUGCUGCUUAGCAGGGGAAAGAUGGCGGUGACGGGCUGGUUGGAGAGUCUGCGGACAGCCCAGAAGACUGCGCUGCUGCAGGACGGGAGAAGGAAGGUUCACUAUUUAUUCCCAGACGGCAAGGAAAUGGCUGAAGAAUAUGACGAGAAGACGAGUGAACUACUUGUGAGAAAGUGGCGUGUGAAAAGUGCCCUGGGAGCCAUGGGCCAGUGGCAGCUUGAAGUAGGAGACCCAGCGCCCCUAGGAGCAGGGAACCUGGGGCCUGAACUCAUCAAGGAAAGCAAUACCAAUCCUAUCUUCAUGCGCAAGGACACCAAGAUGAGUUUCCAGUGGCGGAUUCGAAACCUCCCCUAUCCUAAGGAUGUCUAUAGUGUCUGUGUGGACCAGAAGGAGCGCUGCAUCAUUGUCAGAACAACCAACAAGAAGUACUACAAGAAGUUCUCCAUUCCUGAUCUAGAUAGACACCAGCUACCUCUGGAUGACGCCUUGCUGAGCUUUGCCCACGCCAACUGCACCCUGAUCAUCUCUGUAAGAUUCACCCAGACUUCUUGGACACUGCAUCAGGGAGAGUCUUCCUCUUUCCCUGCCCACUUCCCAUCCCAUCAGAGUCCUCAGUUCUAGCCCCAAGCCCUAGGGCCUCAAUUUUCUCGUGCAAAUAAGGGGAUCAGAAGGAGAAGGGGCCCCAAGCGUGUGUGGAAGGAGAUGGGACAGUGACUGAAUUAUUUUCUUAUUCCUGGCUGCAUCCACAGUACCAGAAGCCAAAGGAGGUUAUGGUGGCCGAGUCUGAGCUACAGAAGGAACUAAAGAAGGUAAAGACAGCCCAUGGCAACGAUGGGGACUGCAAGACCCAGUAGUUGGCCCCUGAGCCUUAUACCUCCACCACAGGGGGUGCCGUGAGACUUCAAGGCUUGGCCCUUCUUGACCACGGCAGCCUCCUGUCUUCUAGGAGCUAUCAAGGGUCUCUAAGAACUGGGCAUGGGGCACUCCUAGCCAGUGAGUCAUGGUCAUAUUUCCUGAGUAAAGUCAUUCUGAGUUACUUACUGCA